AUGCAUGACGAGAUUGAUUUCGAGUUCUUGGGCAAUGUAAGUGGACAACCUUACACCGUCCACACCAACGUGUAUGCCCAAGGAAAAGGAGACAGAGAGCAGCAAUUCCACCUCUGGCUUGACCCAACAGCAAGAUUUCACCUUUACUCCAUCUUAUGGAAUCCCAAGAACAUCGUGUAA